AUGGCGGACGAAUUCGACGAUCUGCUCGACGACUUCGGGCGGCGCCCGUCCGUCCUCAAGCGUCUCUUCUACAUCCUCCUCUCCCUCGAGCCCGUCCUGGUCACGGCGAUCCUCUUCGUGCGCAUCUUCCUCGUCUCCAUCUCCGCCUCGCAAGUCACCCUCGUCCUCUCCGUUCUCCUUGCGGCCGUGCUGCUCUCCCUCUCGUACCACAACCUGGCCUUCGCCAAGGCCGCGCGCCUACGUCGCGCGGGCUCGCCGCCAACGAAGGGCGCGUACAAGGGCGACAAGGCCGCGUACGAGAAGGCCAUGGCCUCGUUCGAGGGCUCCAUCUCCAGCGCCUCCCUGUGGUACAGCUGCGCGUACAACAACGCCAUCUUCAUGAUCGUCACCCCGCUCCUCGGCAUGUACCUCCUCCCGGACAAGGUCGCCGGCGACCUCAACCUGCUGCUCUCCGGCGCCGCCGCCGCCGCCCUCGCGCUGUUCAACUCGAACACCGCCCUCAAGGCGAUCGGAGAAUAG